AUGUGGGCCCCAAUUUGCUCUCUGCAAUCUUUUUUCCCACCACUCGUUCUUUGAACCCAGUUUUACUCUGCUCUUCCGAGUAUGAGGAGCUUAUGAUUCAGCCAUGGCAUCCCUCUCCCUCUCCCUCUACUCUCAAUCGACUCCUUCUCUUUUCAACUCAACCUGCAAGCCCCUUCUUCCUUCAGAGAGCCCAAUCUCUCUCCGUAAAACCCCACUCCACUUCCUUCACUCUCAGAAUUUCGGAAGAAACUCGAGCUUUCGUGUUUCGUCCAGCUCACCCACCAUAUCUUCCCCAAAACCCACAUCUUCGGGUGUCUCUCCUCCUGUUACUGAGACCAAAGUAGCCAGAGAUGGAAAUGAGUUCGACUGGUUUUCGAAUUGGUAUCCAAUAGCCCCUGUCUGUGAUCUUGAUAAGAGGGUUCCUCAUGCGUCGAGAGUUUUGGGUCUCGAUGUUGUGGUUUGGUGGGAUAAAGCUGAGGGAAAAUGGCAGGUUUUUGAUGAUAAAUGUCCUCACAGAUUGGCUCCUUUGUCAGAGGGGAGGAUUGAUCAGUGGGGUCGGCUACAGUGUGUUUAUCAUGGGUGGUGCUUUGGAGGCUCUGGUAACUGCAAAUUGAUUCCGCAGUCCCCUCCUGAUGGACCUCAGGUUCAUACAUCCAGAAAGGCAUGUGUGGCUGUUUAUCCUAGUCUUGAGCAGAAUGGAAUUGUAUGGUUUUGGCCAAACCCUGACCAUCAACUCAAAGAUAUUUCAUCAAAAAAGAGUCCUCCUUUCAUUUCUGAGUUAGAUGAUCCAUCAUACACUCAUUUGAUGGGAAUGAGGGAUAUGCCAUAUGGGUAUGAAGUUCUCAUUGAAAAUCUUAUGGACCCUGCUCAUGUUCCAUAUGCCCACCGUGGAUUAAUGCGUACAAGCAGUAAUCCCAGACCGGUUGAUCGAGAAGGUGGGCGGCCAUUGGACAUAUCUAUACUAUCCCAAGACAUUUCAGGUUUCCUGGCAAACCAAGAAUUUGGAUAUGGCAAAUUUAUAGCCCCUUGUAUUUUCUAUGUCUCUGCUUUUUCAGGCUCAACUAAUGAAUCUAUUAGCCAGGAACCAGCUGCAGAUGAUCAUAAGCCACAACGACCAGCUGCAGAUUAUCAUAAGCCAGAACGGCUAUUUCUUUUGAUCUUUGUAUGUAUACCCGUGUCUCCAGGCAGAAGCAGAUUAAUUUGGUCAUUUCCAAGGAAUUUCUCAGUUUGGAUAGAUAAGUUGGUUCCAAGGUGGAUAUUUCACUUGGGACAAAAUCUGAUUCUUGAUUCAGACCUUUACCUUGUUCACUUGGAGGAACUUAAGAUAAUGGAAAUAGGCCAGUCCAAUUGGCUAAAGUCUUGUUUUGUACCAACAAAGUCAGAUGCACUUGUAAUUGCUUUCCGAAAUUGGUUACGGAAGUAUUGUGGUGGUCAGAUUGAUUGGGGAACAAAGUUCCAUGGAUAUCUUCCACCAACCCCUCCAAAAGAGCAGCUCAUGGACAGAUACUGGUCACAUGUGGUUCACUGCAGCAGCUGUCGUGCAGCCUUGAAAUAUCUAAAAGCACUUGAGAUUUGUCUACAAACUCUGUCAAUAACGUUGAUUGGUGUAGUCGCGGCGUUUUGGCAGAGCAUACCAUCCACUGUUGCAAGGAUUUUACUUGUCUCCGCUGCUAUACUCAGCUCACUCGCAUCGAGGUGGCUCGCAGAUUUCAUAUACAAGAAUUUCUAUUUCCAUGACUACAACCAUGCGCUGAUAUGAGAGAAGGAUUGUUACUCAUCACAUUCUUGUAAAUAUCAUGUGAAAUAUUAGCUGAUGUGAACUGGUCUCAUGUUAAACUUGAGUUUGUUAUAUAUCACCAGGGUUUUAUGGUUACUGAGUGAUAAGCUUUUAAGUUGGUUAAUGAAUGAUAAGCUUUUAAGUUGGUUUACUCUUCUGAGUAUUAU